CGAAACUAAGUUUUUACCUAUUGAUUAAAUGUGUAUAGCGAGAGAUAGCCCCGUCUUGAAACUCUUUCAUCCAACUUCAUCUUUAUGAAAAUAGUUUUCCUCGUUGAUAGAUAGUUCAUAGAAAUGGGUGGCAUGGGAAAAAGGACAUGCAACUGUAAGGUAUAAUCAAUCACUUUUGUUCUUCUUCUUAAAUGUGUCCGUGCCAUCACUUCUGCUCUCUAAUUUCCCCAAAAAUUGUGUCUAUAUAAUCUUUGAACAUGUCAACAUGAGCUUCUGGUUAACCAACACAUUUCCCCCUCAUAGGGAUUCUAGAAUGGAAAAUAAAACUAAUUUUAUUUUCAUACCAUGAUUUCCCAUCAAACAAACGGAGCUUAAAUUUAAUCAAAAUCAAAAUCAAAAUCAAAAUCUCUUUAAGCCAUGCCAAUUUAUUCGAGGAUUUUACACAAUUUUCCAAAAUUUAGGGAAAUCUACUUCUGAAGAUGCUUGGUCUAUGCAUAAAUUAAUGUUUUUCUUUUUUACACAAAUCUUCUAGUUGUUUUCAUUUAUUUAGUCAACAAACAUUUAUUCUAUUUUUUUUUUAUGGCACCCAUUUUUUUGACUUUGAUUCAGAGCUAAUUGAUUUGAAUGUCAAGAAUAUCUCCAGGUGCAGUGAGUCUGCAGACUCACCAGUUUGGUCCAUCCUUGACGAACUCCAACAUGACGAGUGAGGCCAUCGUGAAGGAGGCGAAGGACCAUAUUCUGUCAGGGGAUAUAUUUCAAGUCGUAUUGAGUCAGCGAUUUGAAAGACGAACAUAUGCUGACCCAUUUGAAACAUAUAGAUCCCUGAGGACUGUAAAUCCCAGUCCAUAUCUCACUUACCUGCAGGUCGCUUCCAGUCAAGAAAUUCUAAUGAGUGCAAAGAAGAUAAUAUGACAAAUCAUUUUUCUACAUCUAAAUUUUUAUUCUGUUACUUUUGAUUUGUGCAGAUGAGUACGUUACGUUUUUUUUUUUUUUUUGUGUUAAAUCAGUAAAAUCACAAAUUCUUAUUGAUAUGGUGUUGUAAACAGAAAAGGAUUGUGAACCGGCCAUUAGCCGGAACUGCCAGAAGAGAGGAAAGAGUAAGAGGACAAACAGAUGGAAGUUCAGCUUCUGCAGGAUGAGAAGCAGUGUGAAAUUAUAAACUGUUUCUGUUCUACCCCUUCUUUUAGCUUCUGUAUAGGAGAUCAUGGGACGUCGAUCGUGUAUGCAGCUUUAGAUGUACAUUUAUAACUAAUGGAUUGUCUGUAACAAAGGGGUUGAAGGAGAAAGAGCCUCGAGCUCUUUGAUAAUAAAGAUCUUAAAUUCACCUACACCCUUAAACAAGUUGAACCUAUUGGAGGAGUAUUGGAGGUAUGGCUAUGCUCAUGGAAGUAUGGUUAUACAGAGCAUACAUGGGUGCUAUGGUCUCCCAAAUCCGAGGAUGAAUGGCUGACUUUCCAGGCUUACAUUUACUGUUUAUAUCUUACGUGUAUAUUUUACAUUACUUGUAUAUUAGUUUGAACUAAUCUAGUUUAAGUUAACUUUAGAGGUGUGAUUAUGUAAGUGUAUGACAACUACUUAUAGGUUGUAUGCAGUUGUUGGUCUCCUCUUCUGCAGCAGCAUGAUGGCUGUUGUUGGUCUCUUAAAACAACAUGGUGGUCUCGGUUUCUAUGCCACAGCUGUGUUUCCUUGUUCCUUGUUCCUUUAAGAUUAGUCUUGUAUGUGUAAGAGAAGUAUGAGUGAUGAAAUGUGUUUCUCACCCAACCUCUUCUAUAUAUGGUUUAGGUUUGUAACCUUGUUUCUUACGUAUCAAGAAAUAUCAGAAAAGCUUCCUCAA